AUGGCGCGGAAGCUACAGGAGGCUGAGGAAACGAUUGAAAGACUCCAAGAAGUCGACCCAUCGGUUAAUCGUCAACACACGAGAGCAUCCGUUGCCGGGAUAGUAGCCCUAGCUCCAGCUUCGUCGUUCACGACCAAAGACCUUUCUGUAACGGUAUCGUUGCCCCCGAGACACGACAUGGAACCGGCUGUGCCAGAUAUGUCACCCACGACACAACAGGGCCAUUCGAGAGACCUACAAGAUCCUACUCACCCAACUGAAGCCAUCGACAGCACCCCUCAAGACUCAUUGGCCAUCGAUCUCAGCGUGGAUGAGCACGGCAAGAUCUGUUACUACGGCCCGACAUCUGCUGUGCAUGAACCUCUGGGCCUGGCCUCGCCAUCCACAAACUCGCUGAGCCGUGGCGACGGGUCCAAGAGGACCGACGUAAGGGCAUAUUUGGUAUCACGCGCUCGAGAAUCUACUAUCUGGGAGGAGUUUGCCCUGGGAAAUGCGGGCCUUCAACUUGGUCUAUCUCGUCAGGUUAUUGCAAGGCUGCUUCAUCUGCACUGGACCUGGGUUGCUCCUAUGUUCAUGUGGGUGUAUAGGCCAGCAUUCAUGCGUGACAUGACAACUGGCGGCCGCUACUACUCCGAGCUUCUUCUCCUCGUUUUGUGUGCUCAUGCCUCCAAAUACCACGACAGCAACCACGCGCAACUCCUAUUCUCUCGUGUUCGAUUGCUUCUCGGCGACGAGAUACAAAAGCCCAGCUCUAUCCCCACCAUACAAGCCCUUCUCCAGUUGAGUGCCCGGGAACUGGCGCAAGGAGCCAUCUCACAGGCGUGGCUAUAUAGCGGAAUGGCCUUUCGGAUGUCGGCAGAUCUUGGCCUGCAGCAUAAUGGCCCCGAUAUUGCCGAUCUCAAGGGCUUCGAUCCCGUAGAUUUGGAGAUUCGAAAGAGGUUGUUUUGGAGCUGUUAUUUCUGGGACAAAGCCAUCAGUCUCUACACGGGGAGACUCCCUGCAGUUACGGAGCUACCGCAGAGCCCCAUUGACUUUAUGGAUGACUCGGCAGAGUCUGAAGUUUGGUCACCUUACUACGAAGAUACUUCACCUUUGACUCGACUGGCACCCAGCCAGUACCCAAUUAUGCAAAGCCAUGCUGUCUCAUGCUUUGAAAACUCUUGUAAACUCUCAGUCAUCAUCAACGACAUCAUAGUCCAGCUUUAUUCGAAGCGAAGCAGGGCCAUCACCGAAUCGUCCCUGAACGACAUCAAGGCUCGCUUGGAUACUUGGCGGAACGAGUCUCCUGCGCACCUACGAUAUAACCCAGAAUACUUACCAACUAUAUGCCCACCUCCACACAUCAUCUCCCAGAAUCUGCUGUACUUCACCUCUGUCAUUCUGGCGCAUCGGCCGUUCUGGUCCGCUCCAGCUUACUACCAAGUAUGCAUGAGCGCAGCCCAGAGUAUGGAGAAGCUGCUCUUGAUGCUCGAAUCAACCUUUGGCUUCGAGAAUAUCACCUACCUCAUGGGCUACUGCAUCUACACAGGUGCAUCGGCUGUUCUCGAAGAUGCCAAGAUUAAUGACGGCGCAACACAUCCAACCAUGCAGACAUUUCUGAGGGCCCUCAACCGAGGCAUGGCAAAAUGUCCGCUCCUGGAGCGUAGUCUGCACAUCAUCAUCAAAGGCCUCAAACGAGCCCCUGCUCAGCGAGCACCGCCCGAUCAGUCCUCGUCUGAUAAUGCCGUCUCAGCCAUCAUCAACAGCUACAUCCCGGCGUUCCCAUAUUUUGAUCCUGCAAGCCCAAACGAUUUUGACAUGGACGCGUACCUCAACGGUAUGAGCAUGGAUGCCAUGGCGUCUCUGGACUGUUAUCCUGAGCUACAAAUUGAUGUGGAUGAAAUGAUGAGACACGCACCGUAA